AUGGAUCCUCUUCUCGGUGUUGAAAAUGAUUUUGAUUAUCCAAAUUAUUGUGUUGUCUCAUUGAUGCAUCAUCUUGAAUCUCAUGUUUUAUUUGUUCCAUCGAUUCAUGUUGGUCAAAUUGGUCAAACAAUAGCAGCUAUCAGUUUUCCAGGUUUAGAAAGACCUGUCUUGCUGGAUGGUUUUAAAACAAGUUCAACAAUUGAUCGAAAUAGAAAUCAAUGGACUUUUGUUGGAUAUUCAGCUAUUCAUUUCGGUGGUGAAUAUAUUUUUGAUUCUUUACCAAAUAUAACUGAUGAAAAUGAACUUGCACGUUUUGAUGGACAUAUUAUGUUAGCUGAUUAUUUUCCAUAUAAUCAAGAAUUAAUCUAUAAAAAUUCUAAUCGUGAUUCAAGAUAUUAUCGAUCAGAAAAUCAACCACCAAAUAGAGAAAAUUAUGCUCUUGAAAAAUAUUCUUCCGAAUCAAAAUGUUUUGAUCAUGGUUCUAUAUGGGAACAAUAUAUUGAACAAUGUCAUAAAAAACGUCCUGUUACUCCACAAGCAGCUGGAUGUUAUCAAUUUGAAUGUAUAUCAUCCAAAGGAAUUUAUGUUCGUAUUGGAAAAGAAAAAUAUCUUUGUGAAUAUCAAGGUCAAAAUUUAACUAUUGUAACUGCUGAAUAUGAUUCAAUCUAUGUUGGAACAAUUAUUUGUCCUGAUUGUCAUAUUAUUUGUAGUUCUUUGAAUAAUUUUUAA